GUUAUACACAUUCCCCAUAGUAAACCAACAUUGGGUAUGGCCAUAGAAGGUGGGGCCAAUACUCGUCAACCAAUACCACGAGUCAUCAAUGUACAGCCUGGUGGGUCAGCAUUUGAAUCGGGACAUUUACAAGUUGGUCAUUUAAUACUGGAAGUCAACAGAUUAACCUUAAUAGGAAUGAAUCAUUCUGAGGCAGCCAAGACAAUAGCAGAAGCUUUCAAGAACAAGGAGCGUGAUGGCAUGGAACUUUUAGUGACAGAAACAGGAGCAGAGGUGAAAGGUGCCCUAGAAAGUUGUGAAGUGUUUAGCAUUGAUCUGUGA